UGUCCACGCCUGUUAAGUGAGUAACGUUGAUGGCGUCGGAUAUGCGUGGAUAGUUCACCGGCGUAUAUUGCGUUCCACUUGACACUUUAAAGCCAUCGCCAUGGGAAAAGGAUACAACAAUUACAUGUGCAAGAAACCGUUUCACCCUGCGUCACGGGACAACAUCAAAAGGGCAUGGAUGGCAGAGCAAAGGACGGAAAACGAAAAAAGAAAGCAGGAAGAGCUGAAGUUGCAGUAUGAGAAAGAACAGGACCUUUAUAACAACAGGUCUAUGGUCAGUAAGGAAAGCAAGGAAAAACUGUCACUGAAUUUUAUGUAUGAAGCCCCACCAGGUGUCAAAAGAGAGCACCAGAAGGAAGAUGAUGAACCUGAAUUCAAGUUCGAGUGGCAGCGCAAGUACAAUGCACCACGAGAAGACUUCGCCAAGGACAACAAGGAGAUUCGUGAUCAGCCGUUCGGCAUCCCUGUGCGCAAUGUUCGUUGUAUCAAGUGCCACAACUGGGGCCACAUCAACACCGAUCGGGAGUGCCCUAUGUUCAACCAGGCUUCUACGUCUUCAGGUGGUGUAAGCAUGGACCCUUUGGAAUUGAUGAAACAAAUGAGGGAUGAUGGACUCCAACUGAAGGCCAACGCUUUGGGACACCGCUUCAAUGCGAACCAGGCAAAUCAGCUGCUUGUCCCAAGUGAUGACGAAGAUGCUGAUGACCUGGAGGUGGCAUUUUUGAAGUCUCUGAGCACCAAGCAAAAGAAAAAACUCCUGCUGAAACUAAACAAGAUGGCCAAGAAACAGGACCCAAAGGCUGAGAAGAAGAAACGGAGCAAGGACAAGAAGAAGUCCAAGAAGAGGAAGCACAAGCACAGUGGCAAAAAGGGAAGUUCCAGUAGUGAGAGCUCCGACUCUGAUGUGGCUAAGCGAAGAAAAGAUCGCAAACGGAAGAAGCACGGUGGAAGCAGUAAGAAAAAGACAUCCAAAAAGGGCUCCAGCCAUGACAGCAGUGGAUCAAGCAGCAGCUCGGAUGAGUCGAGCACUUCAAGUGACUCUAGCAGUCGCUCAUCCUCUUCGGACGGCAGCGACGACCAGCGCUCACGCAAACGCCGGGCCUCCGAGGAACCCAGCACAGCCACAACCGACAUCUCAUCCUCCAAAAAGGCCAAGCACAGCCGCAAGAAGAAGGAGUCCAAACGACACCGACACAGCAAGAAAGCCUCUGGCUCGAGCGACAGCGAGGACAGUUCCACGGGGGACAAGCACCACAAGAAGAGGAAGAAGCACAAGUCCAAGGACAAGAAGCAGCACAAGGGAAAGGCUCCAAGUAAAGAGAAGAUGACUAAGAGUGCCACCAGCAGCCUUGUGGAGGAGCUGAAGGAUUUACUCCCCAAGACUGGUGGCCCAGGAUCACUGUUUGAUGAAGGCAAAGGACAGAAGCCUGCAGGGCUGCUUUUCAGUGACCCCAUGAAAGACCUGCUGCCAAAGCCGGCUUCAUCUUUCUUGAAUGAUGCCUUGGAGGAAGCCAUUUCCAAGAAAGACCGGUCUUCCUCACACCACUUAGCUGACUCCUUCGGGGAGAUGUCAUCAAAGAAUGGCCCUUCACUGUUUAGCGAAUCAUUGAGUGACUUUUCAAAGUCAAGAGACACUUCGGCACUGUUUGAGGAGUCUUUGAAUGACAUACCAAGGCUUGUGGCUGAGCCUCCAAUGGACAUGCCUGCUUCCAAGCCUAUGUUCAAGGACACUUUCAAAGAGCUCGUCCCUAAGGCCAGUGGUGGAGCCACCUCCAGCGUCUCAAUAUUUAGUGGAGACCUUGAAGAGCUGCUGCCCAAAGCGCAUGACUCCUCUGACGAAGAGUUGCGAAAGCCACCAUCGCCUUCCAGGGCAGUCACCAAAAAUGAACUAGGCAAGCCACAGAAGGUGAUCGAUUUUGAUUUCGACUUGGAGGGACUUGACGAUGAGCACGGCUUUGGUGGCAGCACUAAGAGUGGCCCCAAAGCGACUGCUGGCAGCAGUAGUCAGCUGAUCCACUUUGACAUUGACUUCGAGAACCUUGAUGCAAGCAGCACUGGACCCAGCACUGCCAAGGAGAAGUACUCGCCAUCGUCUCCAACCUCAGCUGUGAAGAAGGAUGGUGGCUCAGACCCUGAGCCCGACAAGCUGGGUUCUCUGCUGAGGAAUCCAUCUCCACCGCCACCUCGCAGGAACAGCACCUCCAAGUCGAGCCCGGACCAGUAGCUGUGCAUGUGUUUCUUUUUAUGAAAAGAGAAACCUGUGCUGUAUAGACACAUGUUUUUUAUUGUGGUGCGGCCUGGAGAUCACUGUCGUCUUAUUGCCAUCCUCUCCCGUGCCCUGGUUGUUAAUUGCAUUGUUGCAUACGUAAUGGAUUGCAUGCCAGCACUUUAUGCAUCUAUGUACGUUUUAAGGAUGAGAGAUACAGGGGUGAGGUGAUGCAGUCUGUUCAUUUUUAUUGUAUUGCACAAAGCAAUUUGUGUACAGGUGGAACCAAAGGUAAAUGGAACAUGGUUCUGAGUUCCAAGUGCGCAAGUUUGCAUCAUUGCAAAGUUUACAAGGCUUAGCAGUGCCGAAGCAGGAGUAUUUUAUGCCUUUUAAUGUUUGUUGGGGAAGCAUUAGUGCAGUUGACACGGUGCCUUGUUCCGUUUAAUUGUGGUUCCACUUUUACAUGCCAUCUUCACGGCAGUGCACAGCCUGUAGUACAGUGCUUGUCAUCAAAUGCACAUGCAUCGAUACUGUGUAGACAAGCAUCAGGUGUUUCCAGACACUUUCCGCUCGUCUGUAUUAAUCAGUGCAGACAUGCAUUUGUGUAGUGGAACAUAGGUGUGCGAGGCUUGUAUUGUUGGGUGAAGUUGAGAAUGACUGCAGCGCUGUGAAGAUUGUCGCCAUAUUUGCUCAUCAUAAGUCACUAGCAGGAACUUUUCUGUAUUUGUCUGAAGGUAAUCACUCUUCAAGUUCAGGCUGGUGUUAAAACAUACAAAACAUAAUGUAAAGAAACAGUGGUACAAAAUUUGUGUGAACAUCUUCACUGUAGCUAGUCCCACCACACUACGAACCCAGAAGUUCCAAUUUUAACUUGUACAGUGCGAGCCCCUGCACCUUAACUUAAUUACCACAUUGCCUCUCAGUUUGGAAAUUUGCAUGCUUCUUGUACAGCAAACCCAACAUAAACAUUGCUUCUACCCCCCAUGCUGUCGUCUUAAUAAUGCGGUGGUGCAGUUGAUGAUUACUUUAAGUCCUUAUGUGUAUUUCAGCCUUCAGGUGCUGUAUGUUGCCUAAAACAUGACUAAAGCUUACCUCUCACCAGUACAUGUUGGCCUAAUUUUCCUCUUAUUGCACACAGCCAGUGUGUAUGACACUGGCCAUAUUUUCUCAUCUAAUUGUCUCGAUGAAUAUUCGUCUUUGCUGGCUUUUUCUCUUCUACUUUGCAUUAAAUUGAUUUGUCUUGCCAGAUCUCGUGUAUGUAGUGACAGCUUAUGCUAAUGCCCAAUCUAAAUAGGACAAUGUCCCUCUGUGUCUAGUAUUCUGUAGAGAAAGCAUGUGAAAAAAAAACUUUUUGCUGUUGUCCUGAAAAAAGUAAUAAAGACAGUGGGUGAUCCCCGAAAAUGCA